AUGCUGCGCGCUUCGGCUGGUUCGAUCAAACUAACAAAUAUAUAUGGGGCCCCAUCUGGCGAUGCGUAUCACCCGAGCAUACCAAUGGCAUACCUACUGGAGAUAGAUGGUGUGCGAAUUCUUAUGGACUGUGGGUGGAAUGAUGGAUUCGAAACCAGUUACCUUGAUGCCCUUUUACCUUACCUUGGCGAUCUCCAUGCAGUUCUUUUUUCCACGCCAGAACUCAGCAGUUGCGGCGCACUUCCUUUUGUGAUGGAGCAUAUAACAGCGGAAACACACGUUGCUGCCGCUGGGGCUACAGCGAAAAUGGGACUUCAUGGCUUGCUGCAUCCCUUUCUUUAUCUUUUUCCUAACACUAAUACAUGGAAACUUCAGUCUGGAGUGGAGUUCGAAAUGACAGUGGACAAAAUAUAUAGUGCAUUUCGUAGUGUACGGGAACCAUAUGGUGGUAAGGUAACCAUCCGUCAUCGAGAUGUUGAAGUGGAGUGUUUCCCCGUUUUUUCCGGACGGAUGCUUGGCGGUUGCGGAUGGCUCAUAAAAUAUCAAAUUGAUGAGUUGUUUUAUUGCCCUGACUUUUCCUUGAAGCCCUCGUACGCACUUAAUCGGUUCGCACCGCCAACGACGGCAACACUUUUGUUUAUAGACGGCUCACCGUUUCAUUUACUCGGUAAUUCUGGAAAAAAAUACGAGGAGCAGCUUAAUGUGUUCAUCCGGGAGGUGCUAAGCACGCUUCGUAAUGGGAAGGAUGUACUGGUUCCUGUCUCUGUACCUGGAAGAGGGUUGGAAGUGCUAACAAUAAUCAUGCAUCUCCUUACCGAGAAGGGAGGAGAUAACUAUUCAAUUGUUCUCGCUUCCGUUCAAGCGGCCGAGGUGAUUGGGAAAGCAAGCACGAUGACGGAGUCUUUAAAAGAUGAAGUGAUUUUAAGUGAGCAUCAACUCUUUGCAAAUGUGAUUACGUGCAAAACGGCACAGGAGGUAAUGAGUGUAGCGGGACCAAAGGUGUGUCUUGCCGAUGGGGAAACGUUGGACUAUGGUGUAGCGGCUGAUCUCCUGGAGUAUUUUCUACAAGGUAGUGAUGAGGAUCGGGAGCAUCUUAUUGUAUUUCCGUGGACACCCAAGCGGGAUACAACUGCGUUUUCCGUAGCCGCAGCAGCGAAGGGAGAUGCCAUUAAGGUGCAGUACACCAGAAGGAUCCCACUAAGUAAAGAGGAACUUGAGGAGUAUUAUCUAAGACUUGAAUUGGAGUUGGAAGAGCAGCGGAGGGCUUUGGAUGGAGGAGCGUAUGAAGUGGCUCCACUUGAGGAUAUCGCCAGCGAUAGCGGUGAUGACGGCGAUGAGAAGCAAAAUGGAGAUGCUGCACAAGGAAGUGGAGGAGGGGCGCAGAAGGUACAACAGUGUACGCCGGGACUUGUGCUUCCUAGUUACAUGAGUUUCGUAUCUAAACAUCUUCAGUUUCCUAUUCUCGAAACAGUUGGUUCGCUUAGCAGUGCUGUUUUGAAGAAGAUGGACUGCUCCUAUGGUUUGCCCAUAGGUGACGAAAUGCAGGCCCUCAUGCGCCGAAAAGCACCCGCGCGUAUUUACAGUGAUGAAGGUCCUGAUAACGUGCAGUUACACAACGACGCACAAGUUGAGGCGAACAUUCCAUCGAAAACAAUGGUCGUCGACGCAGUUCGCAUAAAAAAUGUUCGUGUUUUCAUUACCGACCUCUCAGGUUUUGCAGAUGCUGGGACGAUACGCAGUUUGCUAAAGUCUCGUUUUACCUUUGCAAAGAAAAUAGUGAUGAUACGCGGCACUACUGAUGAUCAUCAUUCCAUGACCCAGUUUUGUCGGUCCGAGAAGGUAAUGAAGUGUGGAGAAAACGUUUUCGUCCCACGUCCGUUGGGGACUCAUUUGGAGCUGGCGACACAUGUUUACUCGUAUGUUGUCCAGUUGGAUCCGCAGCUUGCCAACGCACUUCCGUCGGCGCUGCGUCGUGUUAAGGAGACACGGUCGAAUGGGUUUUGGGAUGUUGGUUGGGUGGAAGGUUCACUCGUGCGUGCAGUUGUGUAUAAAGAGAAGGAUGAGGAGAAGGAGGAAGAUGAUCAUGAAGAACUGCACCCCUCACAGCGCCGUCGGACGGAGGGCGGUACAUCGACCGAAAUGCGUGACAGCGUUUAUACGCUUACGGCGCUUUCAAGUGACAAGGCUCAGCAAUGCGCCCGUGAGCGUGAGAUGAGGGGAUUGCAGCGGGGUUUGUACUAUCUUGGGGAAACCGACCUCCAUAAGUUGCGUGAUGCUGCUCGUAAUGAACAAGGGAUUAGGGGUGAGUUUCACAAGAGUGCUCCCAUGCUCAUUUUUGACAACGGCGUUUGUCUUCGCAAGAGUGUGAGCGGAAAUGUAUCGUUGUCUUCAAUGGUGUCACCUUCCGUCUUCGGACUCAGGAAAACAGUUUACAAGCACUUUUCUCAAGUUCUGUGA